AGGGAAGGACUUGGAACGCAGGUGUGGGGCUGUCCCUUUGAGGCAGUCAGGGCAGCCCAGGGAGGGUAGGACACUAGGACCAGCCCAGGUGUGUUUGUUUCAUCAGGAGCUGCUCCAAGUGGAUGCUUUCAGUUUCCCUUUAGGUCCAUAUGUUUGGGCUCCGGGUGUGGUUACUGCACAGACUCCCAGCCUGGUCCUCCCAGCUAAGAACUGCUGGAUGUGCUUCAGCUCCCAGAAGAUUCCUUGACAGCUGUGUCACAAGGCCUGGUCUUCCCUUCUGUCCUGCCUGCGCCCACCUGGAGCUCUGUGACCCUGGGACGGCAUGAGUCUGGCGUGGCUUGGGAGUGAGCUGGAGUGAGGGGUAAAGCAACACCACCUUCCAGGCGGGACGCAGACACGAGCUGUAGGGAAACUGUCAGAUCCCACUGCUGGCACCAUGACCUCAGGAGCGCAUGGGCUCAGCCCAGAGAGCGAAGCACUUGUCGAGGAAGUCAUUGAGUGUUUCCAGAACUCAGUGAGCCGAGAGGAACUGCACUUCUUGCUGACCAACCAUGAAGCCUGGGAGAGAUUCGUGGCUAAGGCCACGUUGUCCAGGGAGGAGGCGAAUGCAGUCCAUGAAGGUCUGGACAGGCUGGAGAUGGAGGCCGACGAUCAGCUGUCUAGGGAGGGUCUUUUGAGUGCGUUUCCCCAGUUGAAACUGGAUCUUGAGGAGCGUAUAAGAAAGCUCCGCGAGUUCGCAGAUGAUGUUGACAGGGUACACAAGAACUGCACCCGCUCCAACAUGGUAGCCGGCUCCGCUGGCGUUGCAUCUGGCGUCCUGACCCUCCUUGGUCUGGGUCUGGCACCUUUCACCGCAGGGACCAGUCUGACACUCUCGGCAGCUGGGGCGGGGCUGGGAGCCGCAGCCGCUGUGACCCAAGUGUCUACCAGUAUCAUGGAAUACUCAAGGGAGUCGUCCGCAAUAGCCCAAGCCAGUUGCCUGACAUCAAGUGAUUUUGGCGAAGGGGAGAUAGCUGCAAGGCUUCUGCAUGACAAUAUACCCUGAAUUUUUUCCUCAACAGGAAAAUUCCUUCAAGGCCUACAAAACACUGCAAAGAAUGUUCGUGCCCUCAAGCUCGCCAGAGUCAAACCUAGCCUAGUAGACAAGGCCAGGGGCGUCAUGACAGCUCAGAGUGUCUCAGUUCAAAGUGGCAGGCAGGUGAUGAAAGCUUUUGGAGGAACUGCUCUGGCAACAAGCAAAGGAGCCCGGAUCAUGGGUGCGGCCACCCCAGGUCUCUUCCUUGCAAUGGAUGUGUACAACCUCGUGAAAGACUCAAGGCACUUGAAGGAGGGGGCAAAGGCAGAGUCAGCUGAGGAGCUGAGGCAGGAUGCCCGGGAGCUGGAGCGCAAGUUGGAGAUAGUCACCAAGAUCUAUGAAAGUCUGACGGAGGGCCCGACUCCAUGACCCCCAGCAGGGCAGGGAGCAGGGACAUGUGUGGGGCAAAGACAUGCAGGUUCCUUAUUAGAGGGGAAGAGAGCACAAAAUAAAGGUUUUGGGUUGGGGUGUUGAGGAGGUGGGCAUUUCUGUACUGAGCCCAGUGAGGGAGGGGUUCAUGCAAUGGCGCAAGGGUGGGGGGAACGUUUGGCAAGUUGUUGUUGAUCUGUGGGGCCGGCGUUGCUGCGAGACCGCUGAAGUUCCAAACAAAUUCUAAAGGUGGUUUUGGAAAAGUGGUUGAUUUGAAAUAAGAAAAAAAAA